AUGGUCAUGACUCUAACUGGAUCAAAAGUAAAUAAAAUGUACAAUAACUGAAAGUCAUUUUCUCUCGUGUGAAGGUGAGAACAUAAUCCUUCAGGUACACUGUGGCUGUAGCAGAACAACUAAUAAGCUGUUAAAUAAAUGUAACCACCAGGUGUCAGCAUUUUACCUGAUUUGAUUACACAAUAGGUAGAUUUAGCAGCACUGACACACUUAUACAGUACACGCAAUACAAUGGCAUGCAUAAGUGUAGAAAGCACAUCUAUCCACACAUGGAAACAAAACAUUUCUGCAGCAGAUGUUUAUCAUAUAAAUUAACUGGUAUAGCAGGCUGUUUGUUUAAAAAGGUGAGGUCACCAAAGUCACUUUUCUCUGCUUCCUGAUUAAAGUUCUCUAGAUAUUUCCCACUCAAUGCUGACUUAAAAUGUUAGCUGAAUUACUUUUGGAAAAACUUACUAUGUGGUUUACAAAUAAUCAUGUCCCCAAUGUUGCCAAUUUUUUAGUUCGGUUUGCAGUUAUCAAUGGGAUGUGAAGUCUGAGAAAAUAACCUCUGUAUGUUAUGUGGAUGUAAAACUUAAAGUACAAAGUGUGGGAACAAGGGGUGAAAGUACUAAUUCAGUACAAUGACUAUUGUUAAAUAAUAACUUUAUUUUUAUAGCACUUUUACAAACAGAAGUUAACAAAGUGCUUUGACAAACAGUCAUAAAGCACAUGGAAAUAAAAAACAAAAGCUCAGUUAAAAACCAGGCCUCCAAAUUGAAGGCCAAUAAUAUCAUUUGUCAUGAGAAACCCAGACAAUACAAGAACCCUACAACAUAAAAUGAGACCAUAAUAACCAAAAUAAAAACAUAAGAUAGGUAAGAAAAAGAAAUGUAAUAAAAAGGGGGGUAGAAAGCAAGGAACGGGAUUGUAAGUAUAAAAAGAGGAUAUUAUUAAUGAUAAUAAAGUCAUAAUGAUGGUAAAAUGGAAUAACAAAAAUGAGCAGGAAAAAACAAUAACAUCAAUAAAAGGCCUAAAAUGUUAAAUAAGACAAGAUUAUAAGUAAAACAAAGGCUAAAAGGGCAAUAAGUCAAAAUAAGAAAGAAGAGAAAUAAAUAAAUAAACGCAGCAUAACUCUUACUUAAAGCACUUAUUUAUUCCACCAUGAUAUGUUAAACAAUGUCAUUAAUUAGUAUGCAGUUUAAGUGUGCUGUAUUAAAAAAGAAAAUCACGGAGGAGCGUUUGCUUCCGGAGCAGCGUCCCCCGGUUCCCCCUAUUCCAGAGAACAGCGGCAUCUGAGAGGGAGGAGGAGAGAAGGAAAACGGUGAGAGGAAAACGGAGGGGAGGGGAGAAAAGACAGGAGGAGCGCAGCAACGAAGAGGACGGGAACACACUGGAGAGGGAGGUGAGUUAAUGUGGUAUGCUGAGAAUUUUCGCUUGAAUUCAGGAGUUGUGUCCGUCGCCGCACCGCUGCAGUCGUCCUCUGCAUUGUAUCGAGUGGAAACGUGAGUAACUUUCCAUGUUCUUUCGGGCGUCGCAUUGCCUUGGCAUCCGAGGGCCCCGUUGUGUUGCAAACAAGUCGGGAAGGUGGGGGGAGAGGAGAUUGGGAGGCUGCGGCGGCGGCGGCAGAUGGGGGCAUUUAAAGGACCCAGCGUGUGCUCUUUUGACUUCAUGUCAAGGAUUUUGUUCUACCGGAGAGGAAGGUUCAACGAGUCCUCGCUUGGAGUAUCAGGGACUGUAAGUGGCGGCGGCGGCGCGGUAACAACCGUCGGAACGAUCUCGCGAUCAGCCAGUCGUUGACCACCGCUGCGCUUUAAGGCUAGCUAACCAUAGGUGAAAGAAAUGUUUGAGUGUGGAAAACCCAAUUGCUAUUACAUUAACAAUUAGUAGUUCCAAAUUAACAUCUGAAAACUCUUAAACCUCUACUUUCUGUAUAUUGGUAAUGUAGUACUGCAUCUCCACAACGUGCGGUAAGUAAACUGACCUGCAGUCGACUGGAAGUUAACCGAUCACCGUAUGAGGAGUAAAGUACUCGCUGUUCAUACUUCGCUGAAGUAACCAAGUUUUUUGGCACUUCUUAACAUGAUAUAAACUUAUAACUGUUGUCAUAAUCUUGACAUUUUUAUGAGGGUAAACUUACACGAACCAGCGAGUUAACCCUUAGAACUCACAGCCAUAUUUUGCUAUUUUAUAGACAUCUGUUUUUUUUUUUCAGGACAACCUCAGCUGUCAGUUUAUGGGUGCUAAAGUUAUGUAACAUGAAUGUGACAGGUAGAUUCAGAACCAUCAAAGUCAACCUAAAAACAAAAACGGAAAUUGAUACCAACAGUACUUUGCACAAAAACACAUAAAUCUACAGUGACCAAGCCUUUUCUCAUCUGCACAUCAUUCUCUCAAGUCUUGGCUAUCAGGAGAAGACAUAUUGGGAUUGGAACAAACACACAACAGAAACUAUUUACAUACUAUUUACACUAAUUCUUCCAGGCAUUUUCUGCUAUUUACAGUUGUUUUUGCCACUCCUGGGAUGAGACAGAGGACCACAUGAUACAGCUUAUAUUCUCUUCUUUGCUUGUUUCCAAGCAUUGAGGACCAUUAUUUCUUAUUUUGUCGACCAGCUGGGAACUUUCUUGUCUCUUGUUGAUCUUUGGUUGCCUCUUAUUGGACACUACCGUCAAGGGAACAAUAGAAGAAGAAUAUGAGAUGAAAGUUGGUCGAAAGUUUGACAGAAAAAGAUGUCAUCAGAACAGCUUGUCAAACCCGGAGGAAAUUAGCAACAGCGAUAGCGACCUUUUUUAUCACAACAAUAUGAUAAAUAAUCAUGUUUUCACCGGUAUAUCACUGCGGAUUUACCAUCAAACAUCUCUGAUCAAACACCAAUUUUUGUUGCUGGAUUGUAAACCUGGUGGCAGGUUUAGAAAUGCCUAGAAACCCUUGAUAGAUCGCCAAAAGGGUAAGCUUUUGAACACUUUUCAUCCCAUAGAGAUACAUGGUAUAGUUCCUGAGAAACUGUAAACAAUAUUAAUGGUGCACGUGAAUUUGUACAAUAAACUCUCUGGAGAUGCUAAGUUUGAACCCCUUCUACUACCUCCACCACAUAAAUGUAAUUUAUUUGAAAUACAGGUGUAGGCAAAUGAUCUUUUUUAACAGCUCCGCAGAUGAAAACAAAAAAAGACACUUAAGUUUUUGGUCAGAGAAAAAGUGGAGAAACCUAAACUAUGAAACCUGUAGAAACAAGACUUGGCAGAGUGUGGCCUUUUUUUGUUAAGUUAAUUCGUUAAACAAUCAGUCCAUAGCUUUGACUGAUGUCCUAUUACUUGUUGUCAAUAGACUAAUUGUUUCUGAACCCAAGCCUGAAAGGUGGGUUUAUCCAAUUGUCUGGUUCCUCCUCAGAGAUUCACCAGCUCCUGGCUCCAGGCUGUGUCCUCUGCCUCCUUCCAUGCACGUCUCUUUGCUUCAGGGCAACAAUUUAAUUGAUAAAGAGGUUCUUUGUGAGACAAACAAGCAUAAAGGAGGGUAUUCUCUUGACAUGGUCACACUAAGUGGAGUAGUCUAAGGCUGUGGGCCAGGCCGGUCCCUUGGGGGUGAUGGUUGAGGCUUGUAUUGGUGCAGGGACGUAGCUAGCUAAACGUUUCCAGCCUUACUCUGCUAAUCUCUACCAGGCCCUUGAGAUAAUAUGCCUGUUUGUUUUAUAAAAGCAUGGAGCCAUUUAAUGGCUUGUUUAUGUCUUAUGAUUUAAGGAAUCUGGAGAAUGAGGCUGAAAACCUCUCCUGGUGUCAGAGAGGUAUGGAGAACAUAUAUAUGGUUCAGAUAUGUCUGUGUGAAUUAAGUCAUAAAAAGAGGUUGAAUGUUGACAGAGUUUCUGAUGAAGUUGGUGAAGGGUUAGUUCUGUUAAUGUUUGGUGAGAGCCUGCAAAGUUGUGAAAUGUAGCAAAAUGUGUGAUUUUCUGUUGACAGGAAGAGAGCUGUUGAAGACAAGUUACAGUGGACCUGUGAUUUUAAUGGAGUCUACCAUUGAGGCUUCUCUUCCUCCCUUUACUUUCCUCUCCAGUAUUUGUUUUGCAUAGAAUUUGCACUGUGACAUGUGUAUCUCUGUGUACACUUACAUUCUGUGUUGAGAGAGAGAGGGAGAGAGUACUGAAGUUGUUGCCAUGUUUAAGAAAUGUUACUACUUUUAAUCUAUAAACGGACUUGCUCACUCGCUCAAACGGAAGUACUCAUUCAUGGUAAACAGCCAGUACUAUUUUAGGCAGUGGCUGUGGUGAUUUUUACGAGGUUACAGCUGUGGGAAUUGAUCGUGACAUCUAUUAGUACAGUCCACACAUGAAUGUGUCAGUGACUGUACCACCAGAGAAGAAAUGGUGCACUGUCAUCCUUCCUCUCUCUCUCUCUUCCACCACAGCCUCCCUGCCCUGCUGGUUUACUCUUCAUCCAAACCUGGCCCUUGUCUGCAGUGUGUGGAAGAUACACGAUGUCACUGCUAAUUGCGUAGCGCCUUUGGGCUGUUAAGUUGUUUUAUAUUCUGCCCCUCUCCCUUUUUCUGCUCCCUCUUUUUUCACUCCAUUACUCUUCCCCUUUUUUCCACGCACUCUCAUCCUCCUCCCUCUCUGGCAGUUCUAUACACCACGAGCCGCUGAGUAUGGAAAAAGUGACUUGGACAUUUAAGGACUAAGUUUUGGGCCAAACACUGCGGACUGUUCUAGCGUGCUUGUUUGUUUAGCCUGGGUGUUACGAAAGUGUCUCAGUUUCAAGAUGGCCCCUCUUCUGCCAAGCUUGCUUUUACCAGAGGCAAAAUAAAGGAGACAUAUGCAUUUAAGCAUAUUGUACAUCCAGAAUGCAUUAGUAAAUAGGCAUAAAAACCUCUCAAGUAAUGUAAGCUGUCACCUCCUGAAGUCGUGAGCAUGUCAUACCCCCGAAAUCCCCCCUGAUAUCUCAGCUUGUUCCAGAGCGCUCUGCAGAUUGGAUUAUUUAUCUUACCCAGACCAUAAAUGUGUUUGUGUGUCUGUAUUUGGUGUUGGGACUUUCUUGCCUUGCGGCACCAACCUGUUAGUCUGCGUGUGGUCGAGGUCAUGCACAACAGCUGAUGGGAAAGGGUGGUGAGAGUGUGCAUGUGGGUACAUGCUUGUGUAUGUGCGUUUGAGUGUGUGUCUGUGUGUGUGUGUGUGUGUGUGUGUGUGUGAGAGCAAUCAGAUAAAGAACGCAGAGAUCCGCUAUCACCACCCUGCUUCCCCUGUGAAACAAUACUGCUGGUCCGCCCUUGACCAAACAAGUGUGCAUGUGUGUGUGUUUAUGUGUGUGUUUGUGUGUGUGUAGAGCCUGAUCAGAUUGGGCAGAUGAAUGAUGAAUUAAGACUGCAGUGUGUUUGUGUGUGUAGUCGUGGUGGUUGCGGAGGCUGAAUGUUGCGUGUGCACGUAAGUUGUCAAUCUUUGCCUCAGUCUUAUUCUCUUCACUUUCAGCCCCCUAUCGAUGCCUCUCAAUAGGGUUAUUGUGCCCACUGUCAGGCAGGGUGCAGUGUGUGUAUGUGUGUGUGUGUAUCUGUGCAUUGUUGUUGCGGGGAGCAGACAGCCGUGAGGUGUGUUUGAACAGAGAAGGAGCACAGAGGCCCUGUUCAUCCUGCAGGGUGUGAAACUGAAUGAUUGGGCCCCUUUCCAUCUGUCGCUCUGUCUAUCUGUCUCUCUGACACUCUCAGUUUUCACCCACAUGCUCAUUUUGCUUGGCAUCUUUGUUUUCUUUCUGUGUGUGUGUGUGUGUGUGUGUGAGUGUGUGUGUGUGUAGCAUGUCAGCUCCUGGCAGCCCUCUCUGAUCAGCUGCCUUCUUCCUGUCAAGUCUACCUUGUGGUUGUUGCAUCGCCAGCAUGUGUGUUAUUCUGCCUUCAAAUUACCUGUGGAAGCAGGGCAAGGACCGACAAGUUUUCCCACUCUCAAAAGGAACUUCUUACACACUAACACACACACUUACUUAAUGCUGACACACUUCCUGUACUCCACUUACUCACACACAUACACACACACACUCCCUCUCUUUUCAUUAUUUGUUUCAGAUUCUGAUGUUGUCUUUUCCGCGUCACUGCGUCUUCACAUGCAGACCCCCAUCACUCCCAUUUCAGCUGUAUAAGGGUUUUCAGAGUCCCUCUCUCGAGCUCUGAUUUUCAAACACACACACACACACACACACUAUGAAAGCCAGCAUGUGAUGAAAGGGGCUGUAAAAUCCAGAGCCCCAGGUGCCUCUGUAAAUGGGCCUACUACAGCAAGUUGAAGGAUUUCUGCUGCGGUGUCUCAAAACAAGCUCUGAUCUUACUUGAUAGUUGGUACUAGGGUUUGAUACCGCUUCAGUUUGAUUGACUCCAGUUCCACUCAUCCAUUUAAUUUCUUUUAAGAUUUUUGUUUACACAAUUCCAGUUCAUUUGUAGAGUAAAAAAAUAAAACUACAUUUGAAGUAUUUGACGUUGUGAUGCUUGUUUACCUCAACGAAAACACAAAUGUGAGUUUAACUGUGUUUUGUACCUCAGUGUGUCAAGAUGUUGCCAGAGCUGCUAAUGCUAGUGUAGCCCUGAGGUGUUUUAAGUGAGGAAGAGCACGUUGAAUCCACUGGAGCGCUCUAAAGUCACAUCUUGCUGUAGUAAUUGCUCUGUCACGUUGGACAUGCUUCCUGCCUUACUGCAUCAUUAUCUUUGUAGUGAAGCUGAGCUAAACAGUCGAUUGCUUGCAGUGGUCUUCCAUGUUUCUCUGCUCACAACUUUGUUUACAUACUGCAUCACAAGCUCGCCUACUGCUUAGUUUUGUUUGUGUUAUCACUACCAUUUUUAAGGCCAUCAAAAAAGAGUUACCACUAGGUCUGGGCGAUAAACUGAAAAUUUACAGAUACAGAAAUUUACGACAAUAACCAACGUCAUUUUGCCCAUGUCAAUAUAUUUGGUGUCAAAUCUAUUUAAUAAAUAAAAGUUGGUUUUGGAUGUGUGUAGGUAGGCUAUGGUCUCAUGUCUCGUUAAGAUGCUGUACUAUGUCGGAGACGUGACUCCACCCCAUCCAGUCCGUAACAAAGAGGGAAAGACAGGUGAGAAGAUGGAGGACGGUACAAAGGUUGUAGCGGCUGGAGCGGCUUGUGAAGUAGACAAAGUUAAUGUGGGAGGUUGUGAGCGGCUUGUGAAGUAGUUAUCGAUUAUUUAUCGUUAUCAAGGUGAACUGCUCAAUAUUGAUUGGAGGCCAUAUCGCCCAGCCCUAGUUACCACUACUUUAUCUGACUUUAUUUUGCCAAAAAAGUUGCCUCCGAAUCUUGUCAUGAAAACUGUCAAAACAAUAAAAUCUGACAUGCAGUAAUCUUGUAUGAUAUGUAACUGAUAUCAAAAGAGGAGUUACAGACAUAAAACUCCAAACAAAAGGAAAGUACGAGUACUGCUCACUCUACAGUCUAAGUGAUCUUGUUAAGCACUAUCAAUACCUUGGCACUAAUGCAGAUUGCAGCUUUCUUAACUGCAUACAUUUAAACUCAGGAGCACUUCUGCUUUCCGCCUUGUCAGCUUCUCACGACUUUAUGGCUGUUUUAUAUUCAACCAGACACACACAAACACAUGGGAUGUAUGUCAGAAAGACUUAGACAGGCUUAUUUGCACUCUCCAUAUAAUCUUAGGCUUACUAAAAGCAUUUGAUGACAGAGGAGCACUGAUGCAUUAGUUGAAUAUUUGUGGUACAGGCCAAUAUUUGUCCUGUUUGUUGACAGACAUCAUACCAUCAGCAAAUAAUGCGCAAUACACUGAUGUCAGUAGCAGGUGUCUAUCUGCAGUUUGUCACAUGGGUUAUUUAAAAAACUUAACUGCAUAAUUUUAAUGCUGGCUUGCAGACAUGAAAGUUUUCAAAUAAGUUUUUCAGAGUUAGGGCUGAAUCAUUAGUUUGAAUGCCAAUUUCAAUACUUGCCCUCGUCUUCAUACUCGAUGCAUCUCUAAUUGGCAAACCAUGAAGCAAACUAUAUAAACAAGGGCUGUACUCAACCCAAGAAGUUCUUAGUCAACUAAAACCUAGACAUUUUUUACCAUUUUUUUUUCAAUUUUUGUCAGGACUUUUCCGACUCUGAAGGCAAACCCUUCUGUGGCGGGGGACGAUGCGACUCGGAAGCUGAGCGUGGGGAAAAUUCACCGAUAUAAGCUCAAUGAAAUAAAACAAUAAAACAAAAAAAUAAGCAUCACACAAUAAAAAUAAUUAUUCAGCGAACCGCCAGAGGUAGAUUAACAUGGAUGCUCUUCAAUCCUUCUGUCUCCAGCUGGUCUUCAGUGGGUUGGGCGAAUCCAAAAUGGUGAAAACAAAGGGGGUGUUCUGAGACAGGCUGUUACCUGUGAAAUGAGGGUUCUGUGGAAACACCCCCAUUAGCAUUUGGUACUUUCCUCCUGAUGAAAUUAACCAAAACUGUAAAUUGACGCGGAAAAAAUCAAGUUGACCAUUUAGAAUUUUGGUCGACUUUAAACGUAUCGACCAAUAAGUCAACCAGUCGACUUGGACUUUACAGCCCUUAUAAGCACUUGAUUCAUGUCAUUCUUCAUAUAAAGUUAUAACAUUUAUUGUGGGGAUCAGAUUUAAAUACCCAAAUGCAAAAUGUGCAAAACUUAACUGACACUUGGGUCAAAUCUACACAGAGCGUACAGUGGCGCCAGGGUGCCUGCAGCGUUAUUAGCAUUCAUACUUGUGUGCUGAUCUGUCCGUCAUUUGUCAUUUACAUCACCAAACACUUGGUGAUGUGGGGUGGUGUUGUUUUUUUUCCUGCUCUUAAUUCAGUUUUACUUUGAAUCUUGUCGUUUAUUUUCUCUAUCGAAGGUAAAUGGUCAGUUUUGAGCUUAUAAAUCUUAAAACUUUGAAACUUUUCCUCUUGGUUGACAUGUUACGUUUACUUUUGUCGAUAGAAACUUUUCUUUCUUUGUUGUAUUAUUUUUGUCUCACUGACCCCGAGUGUGGGAAGUCUACUGUAUAAAACUCAUUCCUGUGUGAUGAAUGCAGAGGAUGACAGGUGAUAGGAAUGCUGAGUCAUGAUCUCAGUCAUUGUGGUGAGUUUGGCCCUUCACCAGAAAAGUUCCCUGAGCUUACAUCAUAUCCUGUGAUGGUGGGACUAAUAAUAAGUUAACAAUGUGGUGAGGAUGUGAUUGAGCGCCAGUUUUUUUUUUUUCAGUGAUUCAUAAAACUGCAGUAAGAAUUUGAUUGGGGUUUUGUGUAAUUUAAUGGUGUAACUUUGAUAAACCGCACUGUGAUGGAAUUUGCCUCUUGGCUUUUCUUUGCACUGCUUGGCACUCAAACCGGAGAGGCAGUCUUCGCCCUUUUGAGUGCGUCUGCUCCGAGCAGUGGUGGUGCAGUGCUGUUUCCACCAGCUGUGGGCAGUUUGCUGUAUCAUCCCCAUCCAAAAAACCAUGAAGAAUGCACUUGGAGUAAUGUUUGGAGUAUACGGAGACAUUCGGUUGAAAAGUAAAGCAGAGAAAGACGGGAAGAGAGUAAAAGAGCAGGUAUUAUGAGUGAAGAAGAGAGGAGAAGAGCGAGCGAGUGAGGAAGGGGAUUGAUUUAAAGUGUUGGAGAGGGAGCAAUCAUUGCAGUGGUGUCUGUGGUUCUUUUGGCAGAGAUGGGACAUUCCUUUUCUGAUGAGUCACUCUCCCUGAUUCCUUUUCUUUCCUCACAUCCCUUGUCCUAAAGCUGGUACCCUCCUCCUCCUCCUCCUCCUCCUCCUCCCCCUCCGUUCUGGUUUUCACAUUGUCUCUUCUUACCGUCUUCCUCCCUUCGCCAUCGCCGUUUGCAGCCUCAAAGUCAGAACUCACGAGUCCAUUAGAUCACACCAGGCUGUGAUAGCAGUACAAUCUUGUGACAUUAUCAUGGAACAGCCUGCCAGAGGCUUUCAAUGAAAUGUGAGAUAACAAGGCCAUGAUGAGCACGCACACACGCACACACACAGAGCCUGAGUAAGAGCUGUGUCGUUUGUGUCUAGACUUCCCUGUCCUCUCGGAUGUCCUGUCAAAGCUCUGCUAUAUAUAGGAUGUACACAGUCUCUCUCUCUCUCUCUCUCUGCUGCUGCUGCUUCUGCCCCUUGGCUUGGAUCUAACAGGACUUUUAUGCACAGGCUUGUCUGUAUGCCUCUCUGUGUGUUUUCAUCCAAACAAAGAAAACGGUUUAUGUGAAAGGGUGGCUUUUAUGCUGGCAUGGAAACAAGAAGAUUUUUAUUACCUGUAAUAAAAAUGAUGAGAGGCAGAACACUAAGAAAAGAUUCAUGUCAGGUGAGAGCAAUUUAAUAAUGAAAGAAAACAGUUUCAGCUUGAAGACUAAAUGCAGAGAUUUAAAGAAAACACAUGGAUGUAAGAUCAAUUUGAAUAUUCAUAUUAUAUGGCUGAUUUAUGCGCCUAGACACUAUGAGUAAGUCAUGUUUCCUCCAGGAGAUAAAAAGGGGUGUUAGAUGUGUGUGUGCUGAGAUAAAACACUAUUUUGACACUUAGUCUGCAGUUUUUUUUUAUCGACUUUACUUUUAUUUUUAUUGUCCUUUAUUCCACUGCAGCCUCCAGUAAGUGCAUAAAACUAUCGAUGCAUCCUGAAUUGCAAAAACCAUGAAAAUAUAUGAAAUAUUUACUUGCAUGACAAUUUAUUUCAGUGAUAUACCCGCAGCCGAAUCAAGUUAUAUAAUAGAAAAAUGCUUUUCCAGAAUCGAGGUAGAUGUUCCAUUGACUGAAAUGACAGAUGUCUCUGUAGCUGGAGCCAGUUGGUAGUUUGCACAUAUAGGCUUUGGAUUGUAGUGACCCCUUCAGACAAAACAGGUCAUGUUUUUCUUGGAUGUAGACUCCUUUUUCCAUUAGCACCUUUACCAACUGUUGAAAAAUGUGUUUUUGCCGAAGCAUGCUUUUUUUGUGGAAGCGAAUAAAUGGAAUACAGAGCAGCAGGAGUGGGAAUCACUAGUGGCCCCACGAUACGAUAUUAUCACGAUACUUGAGCCACGAUACGAUAUUAUCAUGAUACUUAGGCCACUAUAUGAUAUUAUUGUGAUUUUUAACACUUUGCAAUCCAGUGAGUAUUGCAGUACAAUAUAUUCCAAAUUAUACAAUUUCUUCAACUUUGUAGCUAAUUAAGUCUAAAGAGUUCAAAGUGUGCUGUUCUUAACUGUUUCUGAACUACUUUGGGACAUUUAAGAAUAAGUUUUUAUUGAUUUGUACAAAAAGAAGAAUAUAAGCACAUGACAGAUCAGAAUCCAGACGUGGCUCUUCUUGUUUUUGUUGUCAGCCUGCGCUCCUGGCCUCGUUUGUUCCCUUUAACAUCCCGUCCAGGAAAGAGCUGCGGUCUCAUUACAGCGAAGUCGCACUGACUGCUCGGCUGCCUCAUGCGUGUUCCAUAGAGGGAGCAGGCUUUAAGGGCUGAAAUGGGACUUCCCUCCUCUCUGAGUUUGCUCGGUGUCAGUAUGUUCUCGGUGUGCUCUUUCUCCCCCUCUCUCCCAGCCUCCACCCUCACCCACAGGAAAGGGGCUGGGUGAAGCUGGAAGGAAGAGAGAGAGAGAGAGAGAGAGAGAGAGAGAGAGAGAGAGAGAGAGAGGGGGGAGUUGAUGUGGGAAUAUGGGGAGAGGGGUUGCUGCACAUUCGCUCCUAAGUUUCCUAAAUAAAGGAAGUCGUCUCUUGGCUUCUGGUGCUGAAAUGUGUUGUUUCAGUGCCACAGGUUUUCACCGUCUGAAUGUGCGUGGGGUCGAAUUUCUGAGUCUGUUACAAAACACUUGAGCCCCUAGCAAUAUUUUAGCUUCCUUUGCUGGUUUUAAUUCAACAUGCUGCAAAAUCUUGCGUCAAAUUUAUGCAAUUUGAUAUUUUUGCAUUGAAAUAAGAAACUUUAUGCAAGUCCUUUGACGCCUAACAACUUUUUUCAAAUAUAAGUAGCCUAUUUGUGCAGGCCUGAGUUUCCCCAGGGUCUGUUAAUACAAUCUCUAUCACUAACCUACAUCUCAAAGGUAUGUGAGUUAGUAUAUCUGUGUUGUUGUCUGCCUCUUGUUGACCAAUUAAAGGUUAUCUGCCCCCAGUCGCCCUGACCCACCCACCAAAAAAGAGACAUGCCUCGGAUUCUUUGGCACACCCUGAAAAUUCCUCCCUGUUUUCAUUUCUUUCGUGGUCAUUUUGGCUUCUUACUCUGCUGCCUAUGGAAGCCACGCCAGCGAGAAAUGAUACCUUCAGCCAUAUGUAACAGUGCAUUGAAACGAUGGUAAAAAACCCACACUCACACACACAACAGAGACAGUAAGUGUCGAAGUGUGCUUUAUAUACACAAGUGGAAUUAUAGUGAAGCUAUUUCUGUCCGUCCUUCACACUGGCUGUACACUCCUGCUACAAGGACAAUGUAUGGCUGUGGGAGCGCGCUCAAACCACACAGUUCUCUCUGCCUGAGUGUGUGUUCCUGUGCACGAGAGGGUGCGCGAGUCUGUUUGUUUGUCGGUACACAAGACUGUUUGUUUAGGCUGCAGUCCCAGUCAUGGUGUUACUGUGUCUCUGUUAUUUCCCGUUAUUGACAAUACAAGGAUGCACACACACUCACACUGAAACACACACAGACACAUAUUAGGCCUCCUCGCUGUUCACCUCUCCUGAAUCAGAUGCUGUAUAUGGCUGGACACACACACACACACACACACAGAUUGGAGAAAUACUAUAUCUGUAGUGCACCAGACUGGGUCGGCCUGCAGGCAUCUGGUGGCUUUGUGCAGGAUUUAGUGAUUUAUGUUUUUCUUGUGUGUGUUAUUUCCACGAAAGAAAGCCUUCUUAUGCGUCAUGUAUAUAUGGCUGGCUGACAGCUAUUCAGCCUUGACUCAAGAUCAAGGGGAAAAACCUUGAUACAAACCACUUUAUCAAAGCUCCUGAUGAACUUUGCUUUAAAUACUGAACUUGAGCAGCAUGAAAUGAGAAAAUGGUUUAGGACCCAUGAAAGACCCACUCCAGUGAAAAUCAUGUUUUUCUUGUUUUUCACAUGUUCAUAUGGCAUUUUUCUGAAGCUACAGGACAUAUCAUGAGAAAAGUAAGUUUUAAGUAUUUCUUCAUUCAAAUCGCUGUGAAUCUCUCACAGACGCAAACGACAGGUUCAGAUUCAGUCAGUGCGUUAACAUGCACAGUUUAAUCGGACUAAGCUCAUAAUUCGUUUUUUUUAUUUCUGCCAAAACGGACUUCUCUCCUUGUUCGCGAAUUAAUGUAAGCUGAGAAAAUUAAAUUAUUGACGUAAACGUGCCCCCCUCCCCAAACUAGGGGGUGAUAUGGGUCUUUUCAGCAACCCCAUACAAACGUCAACAACAACAGCAGGUCUGUGCCAGACAUCAGAAGUGGCUACAACUGCUGCUGGACAUUUUCAAGCAAGAAGAUGGAGCAUCGUACAGCGUUGUAUUUGUCGUACAGUUGAGAUGCAUGCUACUCCUCUUCUCUGGUGAUUUUGUUCCGGAGUUACAGGGGCGAGACACAUGCACACAUGCAUUGUCCGAUCAUACUCCGACUCUGCUGGUUACAUGACAAAGAAAAUUGAAUUCCAAUCGCAUUAUCUGAAUGUCAUAAUCGGAGUUCUCCGACUCCAAUCAGAGUUCUCAAACUCCGAUUAUAGUCGGACUAAGGUGUUUACAUGCACUUCAGUUGUCCGGUCUUAAUUGGAAUAAGGCAAUAAUUCGGUUUUCUCGAGUGUCAUGUAAAUGUACUGAGUGAGAUUUCCUACGUAGCGAAUCCAAGCUCCGCCCCCGGAGCCCCACUAUGCUGGCCACUCUGGGAAAAUUCUCGAAAGAAAGCUAAUAAUGAUAGUAGCUUUUAUCAUGCCCCUAAAGACAUUAGUGUCUCAGAGCUGAAUAGCUCCUAUGUUACCUGCCACUUCUACUACACCAGCAAUGUUAGGCUACAAGCUAGCGUUGACGAGGAGUGUGCAGAGCAACUGUCUCUGCCCACGACUUAGAGGUGAAUUGCUAAUGAUCUACUGGAGCUCUGCAGAAGGAAAGCCCUUGAAAGUGACACAGGUAAUGUGAGUUUGGCUUAAAACUUUAUAAUCACAAUUUAAAGACCACUGAUAACACUUUAAGUAGUAAAAAAAUGAUUGGAGUGGGACUUUAAAGAAUUUAGUUAAAUCUAGAGGAACCUGUGAAUUUUAAAGGUUUUCAACAGCUCAGAUUUCUUUUGACAUCCUUUUUAAAACUUUUUACUCUUCAGAUUGGAAGUAUAAUUGAAAACGCUGCAUAGCCACUUUUCUUAUGAGGGUGGUUCAGACCAAUAUAAUAACCCUGCAGUCAGGGGACCUGCGUGAACAAAGAGGCACAUAAAACAACAGGAGUCUGCAGUGCAGGUUUCUCCUGAACACUAAGUGCUUUAUACACGAUCAAAAUGCAGAAAGAUCAAUUGUGAUUAAUAUAGGGAGUUUUUGUUUUGUUCUGUACAGAAAUUAAGCAGGAAAUUUAAAGGAAAUAAAUGUCCUAGCCUCUCAAAAGUGCAUUGAUUUGGACAAUUUGAUAGUGUUUGUAAAUAAAAUGAUUGAUUUUCUCACAGUGUUUGUCCAGCUACAAGGAUAUACAGCUUUGAUUAGCAUUAUUGCUAACUUCCCAGUCUUGUAGUAGUUUGCAGCUGGGUCUAGCCAUCUCUGCAGCCAACAAAAACAAAGCCAAGAAAGAUCUGGGAAGAUUGCCCUGUAUUGUCCAGCAGGCUGUACACGUUCACGUCCUGAUCCAAAGAGUUAGAAAAACACCCAGUUGCGUUUUCUAUUCCGCACGCUUUGCUGUGUUGACAGGAAUCCAUCCAUUUUGUUUGCUAUGGCCUGGCCUCUUACUGUUCUGCUUUCUUGUCACUCUUUUUUGGUAACAGAUGGGCUUUCUCACAAGCGGAGGGGGAGAGAACGAGAGAAGGAGGGGAAGAAUGGCUGUAAAUCAGGGCUGCAGAGUCGAACGGGUGGUUUUAUGAGAGUUUACAGACCUUCUUCACUUUUAAUGAGAAAAGACAGCAAUUCUCUUCUUAACAAAGAAACAUGGAGCGAGGGGGAGUUGGGAGUGAAAAGGGAAUUUGUUUAGAGGAAAGAAUGGGAGGGGACGGGAAACAUGGGGAAAGAGGUAAAAGUCAAGUGGGAUUAGCAAAGGAACUGAACUGCUGAAGAGAAAAACCUUGAGAAGUAAGGAUAGGAAGGAAGGAUGAGAGGUCUAUCAAACACCGCUUGCAGGCACCCUCUUGGCAUUUGAAUUCAUAAGCAAUCUGUCUCUGCCUCACACGGUCCUGAUUGUAGUGAAUUCUGGUGGUUACAGUGUGCGCACACGUAAAAAAGAAACAGCAAGAGAGGUGUGGCAUUUGCAGCUGUUCACUUCAUUCUUACUGAAGCUGGACCUCCCAACACACUGACAACACUCAUUUGGCAGGCUGGCCAGAAAGUCAGAAGUCAAAGGUCACUGUCAUGCUGUGACACAUCCUAGAUCGCAUUACCUUCCCACCCCUGCGUGUUUUGUCUGCCUGUGUGUGCAAGUGCGUCUCCAGCAGGCCUGCCAGUCUGCGUCUGACUUUUUGUGCAUUUAACUGUUUUCAACUGACUCCAUGUGAGAGCUAUAGCCCCAUAUUUACUAUUUAUGUGUCUGUUUGUAAUAGAGUGUUAGUGUCUGUGUGUCGUCGGUAUGGCCCUGCCCACAGAGGGGCCCUGUAAUUAUGUCAAGUAGACCCCUUUUCCACGGCAGAGGACUGCAGGGAGCCCUUCACGGCUGCUGAGGCUCAAAACAGGCCCCCAGACCAUUGUCAUUCCCCCAAAGUCGAAGCUAUAUCCAGAUUUAGUAUUUAUUAAAACUUACAUUUUUUCAGUGCGUAAAUGCUGCUGAGCUGUAGCUACACCCUAGCAUUAAGAAAAAAAAAACUUAAACUUACCAAUUACAUGUGUCUGCAGGCGAAAGACAUGAUGUGGCAGCUGUAGUGCAGUCUGCAGACAGUUUGGACAGUGACACUCUUGUGGUGUUCGGGCUUCAGUCCAGCACAUUGGGCUCGCAGCAAAACAAUAACUGCGGUUAAAGUGGUAACUUUAAAGAUUUUACACAUCAAAGUGUGUUUGUAGGUCUUUGUUGAGUCGUGCUGCAUGUGUUUGUUACCGAAGCGGGAGCUGAGCAGAGUUUGAUGUAUUCGACGCGGGCUGUGGUUUAAAAUUACAAGCUGAAAAAUGGAAAAAAAAUCUGGAUAUCUGUCAGGAAUAAGAAGGGAGUUUUCCAGAUCUCUGGAGUCUGCUCCUCAUCAGACGAGAUUGAAUAUCCAUUUCUUUUUUUCCAUCAGCUGAGUUGCAUUGUGGGUAACAGCACGCAGUCAUGACAAGAGGAUGAGUUUAUGUAAUAUGAAAGAAGACAUCUCUGUCUUCGCUGCAUUGAUUUAGUUGUGUCCAACCUGAAUCGAACAGUUUCAUAAAAACGAAUGUGAAGUGGAGUGUUUUCCAGGCUUGGUCACUGAACUAGUUGAAUAGCCUAUUUUCUACAUUGUGCUCACAAUAGAGUAUUAUUACUGUAGCCUUCAAUCUAGUUUUUGUAGACCGUACACAAUGCAGUGAUCGGAAAUACUGCAGUUUCCUUUUGCCCCACAUAACAGAAGGCAGGUUGUGUUAUCCUCAAUAACAAGAUCUUGAUUUGUUACAUGAGCUUUUCCUCUUUGACUGCUCUGACAAAUAUCAGUUUCCUUCACUUUAAUGUAACUUGAUAAAUUAACAUGGUGAAAUAUUAAUAAAAACCCACAUUACAUAAAUAAUAAAUCUGGUACCGUCCUUGACCUAACCCCGAGGCAGCCCACAAGCAGUCUAUAACUUUCUGUCUGAGUGUGGGAAUAUGUUUCUGUUUGUAAUAAGAAAUACAGUGAGUCACUUGUGUUAAUACUGAACAGGUUUGAUUCAGCUGUAGAGUACACCUUUGUUGAUUGCAACACACCCAACAUGGAAAGCCAGGUGAGCAGGAAUUUUCAUGGGAAAUUAUUCAUAUUCCUGAGUGUAAACAACGCCAACAGUUACAGUCUUGCGCACACACACACACACACACACACACACACACACAUGUUCCCAGGUAUGCAGACUUGUUGUAGCAGGAUUUAAGAAACUUGGCAUGCCCUGUUAUGCUAAUCCCAGAAUUCCAUGUUUUUAUUGCCGUUUUAUGAUUCACUUUCCCUCACUAUCCUCCUCUCCUCGUCUCUUUCUGUGACUUUUUUUUUUUUUUACUGCAGUCCUAGAUUCCCAUUUGUCUUUUUUGUUCCGCAGACCAGUCUGUCUUUUCACAACAUAAGAAAAAUACCCGCCUUAUCUAACAUGAUAUCCUUCUUUCUGCCUCUUCUUAAACCAUUAGAGAAUAGAAACAGCUGGUUCGGGAUGAAAAUUAUACAGCUGCUCCUCAGAUGCCCUUUCUUUUUUUUUCACAGUCAGUGUAACACUUAGUGGAGCCAGAUAAACCAGAUGUUGUUUAUCUAUCAUAUCAGGAAACAGUAUAUGCCCGGUUCAAGACUGUGGCAGAUCAACUGUUCUUCUUCAGUCUGUUAAAGAGAUUGAUCUACACCACAUUAGUAAUUCAGCUUUCAUAUAAGUCUGCAGUUUUCCGAACUAUGUGUGGUCAAUUCAUCCUCAAGAAUUACAGUCAGCUGUUACAUAAGCCGGGAAAGAGUGCGUCUUGGCUGCAGAUUUUUGCAGGAAAAAUGGCAUAAAAACAGUGUCUCCUUUUUUCCUCAUCAUAACCUUUUUAGUUUUCACUUUCAGCGGCUUAUUCGACAUUUGCUUGGUUUAGUGGUGGAAUAAUUUGUGAGAUUGAGAUUGACUGAGUUGAAAUGCAUCUGCGUUGGGAUGCAAAAUGGCAAAAAUAUAGACCCAGGCUAAUUACAUUGCUGUCUCAUUGCUGCCUUAUUUAUUCGAAGUGACACACCACAAAUCUCCUUCAGGCAGACGGGAGAGUGAGAGCUCACACAGUUGGCUUGAUCGAUUAAGAAUUGAAAAUGGCUUUUUCUUUGCAGAACAAACUAUCCACUGACUAGAGAUCCUGACUUUUGGCUCGCAUUGAUCUCUCAUUAUCUAAAAAACAAUAAGGUUGUGACCAUAGACUGUAUAUAGAAUGGACACCGUCUGCCUCCUCGCUGGGUGAAGCCACCCUGAGAACAGCACCCUCUGUUGACGGGCUGCAGUAUAAAUCAUAAAUCCCGCCUCCUCCAGCAAUCCCUAUGGAGCUGUGGAGAAACUUUACAAAUUUAUCACACACAAUAUAAAUUUUUCUCCCCCCUGGUUGCGAUAUCGACAUGUAGUUAAGACUGAUUUGUGCUCAAGUCCUCUUUUUCCUGUGCAGCUUCGUUUUUAAAAGUUAUAAGGGGUUCAUGUUUUCUAUGGUUGACACUUGAUACAGCCUGUGGGCGUACGAAGAUUGCGUAGUUCAGCCGGGGGAUAUGCUGUUUGAGCAGAGCGUUACUGGUGGAACACAGAACCAAGUUGUCCAUAGUAAACACAGUCAGUGGUUGUGACUUGGUUUACAUUCAAUGAGUUUAAGGCUGAUGUUCAUAAUUCAGACAAAUGAGAGGAACAAGUGUUUGGGAAAUUGAACCUAAAAUUCAACUUUGCUGCAAACACAUAUCAGCAUCAGCACAUCCUUGCCUUUACCUCUGUCAAUCAAAAAUGAAAACUGAUUAAAACGCUGAAUGAAGCAACUUUUUAUUCAGAACAAACUAUCCGUAAUGUAUCAAACUCUAGGUGAUGGAAUAACACUUCAUCUAUUUCCUAUAACAGAACCCUUUUUUCAGUGCUUAAUCGAGAGAUAAGAAGAAUUUGAUUGCGUGUUCUGACUCUGCUUCGUAAUGUUUCCUCCACGAUGCGUGUUGGUGAGAACUGUCCACAAGUCUUGACUGCACUAUGUCGUAAUGUGUUUGCGCGUGCAUGUGUGUGUUACAAGCCGGAAAGCGGAGUUGGGGUGGGUUUACAAGUCUCUUGUGGCAUCAAGUUUAUGACGGUUCCAGUCAGCGAAGGGUUGGCAAGACUGCGCCAAAGAAAGAGAUAUUAGCUCUGUACAAAAUGAGCCUUUGUACGUGCGCUCACACAUGCACACUCACACGGACAAAAACCUACACACACCUUGUGUAUUAAUGUUUGAUCGUGUCUGUGAAUAAUUGAUGUUUCUGUAUUAUUUGUCCCUCUGGUGUCCUGCAGUCCUGUGUCUCUCUCUCUCUUUUCAGCCCUCCCUCUUUCUUGCUCUCAUUAAACCUGUUUUAUGUUUGUCUCUCCCUCAGGACGCUGCUGCUGCUUCACUAACGCCCUCAUGA